UCCUCUGUUCUUCGCUUCCUCCGCUUUAUAAGCGCGCGAGCUCGGCUCGGCCUCCCAUGCCGCGCUCGUCGAUCCCCAAAUCUCGCCGCCGGUGAAGGAGGUAGAAGUGGAGGUGGAGGUGGGGGGAGGAUGGCGUCGGAGCCGGUGGCGAGGGCGGUGGCGGAGGAGGUGGGGAGGUGGGGGAGCAUGAAGCAGACGGGGGUGAGCCUGCGCUACAUGAUGGAGUUCGGGUCGCGCCCCACGGAGCGGAACCUGCUGCUCUCCGCGCAGUUCCUGCAGAAGGAGCUCCCAAUCCGGAUCGCGCGCCGCGCGCUCGAGCUCGAGUCCCUCCCCUUCGGCCUCUCCCGCAAGCCCGCCAUCCUCAAGGUAAUUCUGGGGGAGUGGAGUGUGAAUAAGGUGCGGGAUUGGUACUUGGACUCUUUCCGCGACAUCAGAUACUUUCCAGAAGUGAGGAAUAGGAACGACGAGCUCGCUUUUACGCAGAUGAUCAAGAUGAUCAAAGUACGCCACAAUAAUGUGGUUCCAACGAUGGCACUGGGAGUUCAACAGCUCAAGAACGAGCAGUAUCGCACAAGGAAGAUCCCCACUGCAUUUGACGAGAUCCACGAGUUUCUUGACAGAUUCUACAUGUCAAGGAUUGGGAUCCGCAUGCUUAUAGGGCAGCAUGUGGCUUUGCAUGAUCCUGACCCAGAGCCUGGCGUCAUAGGCCUCAUUAAUACAGAAUUGUCCCCUAUACAGGUGGCUCAAGCUGCCAGUGAAGAUGCCCGUUCUAUUUGUUUGAGGGAAUAUGGAUCAGCUCCUGAGAUUGACAUCUAUGGAGACCCAACUUUUACAUUUCCAUAUGUUUCAUCACAUCUACAUCUCAUGCUAUUUGAAUUGGUGAAGAACUCCUUGCGUGCAGUACAGGAACGAUAUAUGAAUUCCGAUAAAGAUGUUCCUCCAGUUAGAAUUAUCGUUGCUGAUGGGGCAGAGGAUGUAACUAUCAAGGUUAGUGAUGAAGGUGGUGGAAUACCAAGGAGCGGCCUUCCAAGAAUUUUCACAUAUCUAUAUAGCACUGCAAAGAAUCCACCUGAUAUGGAUUGCCCUAGUGAAGGAGUAACUAUGGCUGGAUAUGGCUAUGGUCUUCCAAUCAGUCGCCUGUAUGCUCGAUAUUUUGGUGGUGACCUGCAAAUCAUCUCUAUGGAAGGAUACGGCACCGAUGCUUACCUGCACUUGUCACGGUUGGGAGAUUCGGAGGAGCCCUUGCCUUGAAGGCUUCCCUGUCCUGAUACCAUCUCUGUAAUUAAUUAGGUUGCUCUUGUCUCUUGUAAUUCCUGGGCUGGUUUGGAAUAUUGUUUUCAAGUGCCAGCCACCUAUAGCUGUUAACCUUCUACAGUAGUUGCCACGGUUUCAUCACUUCAGCUUUGCAGCAGCAUGAGCACAAGUCUCCUCUCUCUCUUUCUCUCUCUCUCUACUCUGCCUUGUAGCGAAAUGUAGAAUUCUUCUGCCACGCACAUGGCAUUGUUCAUACUUCUCGUACUUGUUGAGCUUCAUGGCUUGGUGCAGAUUGUACUUUGAUAGUUAUCAGUAGUAAGCUAACUUCAUCAAGUGAAUGUCUUUUGUUCUACA